AUGGAGAUAGAUGGAGUCUGUGAUGAGACGGUGAUUGGAAACAAAGCGGUGGAAAAUGCGACACCAUCGCAACUUCGGCGCCGCCGUUUGCUCUUGUCGACAGAUAGCGCUUUCGCCAGCACCGUCCUCCCGUCCCUCGUUCAGAACCCAUACGUCGAACUCCGUCUGAUCACAGACGAACCCUCCGCUUUGCUCACGGGCACCAACAAAAUCCCGCAUUAUAUGGACACGGUCGACAGCCAAACAUUCGAUAAGAAAACCUGCGCGCGGAAAUGGCUUAAGGCAAAGACGGCGGAGCUAUGCGAAUGGGCCGAUAUGCUCUUGGUUGCGCCCAUCGAUGCUGGAACGUUGGGAGCAAUGUUGGCCGGCUUGACGAAUACCUUGACGUUGGCGCUCCUUCGUGGCUGGGUCUCAGAUAAACCUGUGGUUCUAAUUCCAGGAAUGACAGUAUCGGAAUGGGAACACCCACUCAGCACCCGACAACUCGAUGAAAUCAGUCGUCAUUGGCCUUGGAUUCGCACUGUAAAGCCUGUGCUCUGGAAGUCAAACGGGCCCGAAGACCUGACGAUACUACCAUGGGAUGGUCUGAAGGAGUUACACCAGACACUGGAGACAACAUUAAAAUUACCGCCGUGGGCAGCUACACUGUCCAACACAGCGACCACUCACGGGGCCACCGUCCCAGCUAAGACUACGUCGAAAUCUACAUCUGGAAGUGCCACCGGCUCCACGCCACAAACGAAACAUACAGGCAAUGCCGAUUUUUUACCACUGGAAAUUUGGCUGAAUGUCUUUGAGGAUCAACUGAGAGACUGGGAAACAGCGAAAGCCGUGGGUAUUCCAACUCAUCUUCCUGUCCCUCAAGAAUGGCAGAGUCAUCUACCGAAAAUGUCCACUACAGCCUCGCUCGAGUAUACCAUAUUGCGAGGAUCCUUUGCUGCAAUCAAAAAGCGUAUUGAUGCGCUACCUCGUUGGAAACCUCUUUCCGAUCUCGCUUGCCACCUCAUUGUCAAAUUCUCUCGCACCGACAUCCUUUCCUAUCUCACCGAAAACCACCUUGACCUCCUCUGGACAACCUCUCGACUCACAAAUAUUCCAUACCGAGCAUCCGCAAUCUACGGUAACCCGAAAGUAUUGACAUGGUGGCGUGAUGCACCCGCUCUCCCAAACAAAGAGUACAUGGCCGAUGCCAUGGAUGGCGCAUCCCGAGCCGGUUUCGUCGACGUACUAGAUUGGUGGCUCCACUCGGGUCUCCCACUACGAUACAGCGAGCGUGCUCUGGAAGCCGCCAGCGCUGAAGGUCGAGUCGCUGUACUCGAUUGGUGGAAAACCGCCUCGGACAACGCCCCAAAGUCCAACCCCUUACCCCUUAAAGUCGGCAAAUCCGUACUGCUCGCCGCGCAAUCGGGCCGCACAGCGUCCCUUGCUUGGUGGGAUGCCUCUGGAAUUCCUUAUAGCCACGCCGAGAACGUUGCCCGCAUCGCGAGCACACAUGGUCAUGUCCAUGUCCUUGAGUUCUGGUAUAAACUCAAGGGCCCAAAGAUGAUCUUCGAUAACCAGGUACUGGUGGGUCCUACGAAGAAUGGCCACGACCACGUUCUGCAGUGGUGGAAAAGCUGCGGUCUGCGGGUUGAAUUUAAGACCUGUGAUAUUGAGGAAGCGCUUGAAGACGCUGAUCCGAGCUCUGGCGCUGAGGGUCGUGUUCGACGUUGGUGGGAACGGAAUGGGCUCAAUCUUGGAGUUGGUACGAGUGAGUGGAUGAGAUCGAAGGUUCUGUGA